AUGUCUGCCUGGAGAAAAGCUGGUCUUACUUAUACUCAAUACAUUUCUGUCGCUGCCAAGACUCUACGUAGUGCUUUGAAGGCCGAAUUGCAAACUCAGAAUGUGUUGAGUCGUGGUCAAUCAGAUGCAUGUUUCACCAAGUAUGAAAAGGGUUCUCCAUUAGCUGACCCAAAAUUGUUAAGCAAAUAG